AUGACUCCGUUGACAUUCUACCAGCAAUAUAACAUGAUCUUCGUAGACUCCGGUCGAGGCGGACUUCCUUCACUAGAUAGAGGGAGAGAACCACCGCUGAUGGCCUUUAGUCGGAACGACGUGAUGAGUCCGAUGUGGAAUCAGGUGGACAGUCCGAAAUCAAACUUCCAGUCUUAUGCCGGUGUUGACGCCGAUUUGUUGAAUAUUGGCAUUGCCACAGGAGCUCCGCUGGAUCUCGAUUCGGAAGGAAGUCGAGUGGUUUCCUAUAGAACUAGAAAUUCAAACAGAGCUACUUCCACCACACAAUCGCCACCAUCUUUUCAACCAGUAGUCGGCAGACCUAAGACCACUUCGCAUCCAAAAACUCCAUUUGAACGAUUAGCUGUGGACUACAAGGAGCGACUGACCGGAGCUGGUGACAUGGACAAAUUCCUGAAGACAAUCUAUUCAAACGCGUACAUAGCGCUUGUAGAUGCGAAAGAGGCGUCCAGUGUCCGUAUUCCAUUGAUAAUGCGACGAGCACAAGCUGAAUUCGGCUAA